GAUUUCCCAUUCCCAAACCAUUGCCAGAUGGAAAAGGAGACUGUGAGGAACAGGAAGGAUCCCCGGGACACCCAGGCAGACAAGAAGCUGAGGAUUGGGACCAAAGAGGACAAAUCCCCAUGGCAGAACCUCGUAGAAGAGGCUGUUAUGAGUGACUCCAGGGCACAGCAAUCCGACGGGAAGGAAACUCCCCAGAGAUUCCUUAGGAAGAGGGGCUCCAAACCCAGCCCAGGGUGCUCUGAGGAGGAAAGACCCUCCCUUAGCCAGGAAGGUGGACAGAGCUUUAGUCAGAGCUCAGAGCUGGUGGUCCAUGAGCAGCUUCAUGAUGGAGAGAAGCGCUACAAGUGCUUGGAGUGUGGGAAGAGCUUCAGGCAGAGCAGAACCCUGAUCAGCCACCAGAUGAUCCAUACCAGGGAAUGGCCCUACUAG